AUGUUGAAGUCGGUCAUCUACUUCAAAACCUACUCUCGUUUGGUGCUAAUAUCGCAGCAGAAUGUCCAGAAGGGAUCCAAACGCCUCCCAGGCCCUAACGGCGUUGGCCUGAACAAAGCCCUCCAUGGCUAUGCCAAGUGGUUUAAGGACAUUUACUUUCCAGGAUAUCGAUCCGUCGACAACGCCAUCGAUAGGCAGUGGCAGUGGUUUCUUUGUAACGAGCCUCUUUUCUACUGGCAAGAUGCUGCGCCGUCUAGCGUUUCAACUCUCGUCUCUCGUACAGUCAACGCAGAGUACUGGCAAAGGCAAUGUCCAUUAUUUUUCCCAGAGGUCAACGGCCAUACUUUCGGUAGCGCAAAUGGGAAAACAGCGGGGGAUGUGAAUUCAUGGACCAAUGGUUGGGAUUUGACCAAUACGACCAGACUCAUCUGGGCAAACGGGUACGUCUCCUCUGAUCCGUAG